AUGGAUGAAGCCGAUUUCUCGGAAGGUACGACUUGGAAGCCACAGGCGGGCUUGCCUCACGAUGGGGGCGCGUCCCAGACGGAGCUGUGGGAUGACCACCAUCUCUCCUUGGAAAAUGACCUUCUUGAUGUCUCAGAUCAAAUUAGUUCAGCAGUAGAGGACUCUCAGGGAGAGGCCACACCUAAAGGGACUUGCAGAAAUGCAGAUACGGCCCUGACUCUGGGUAAAAGGAAUGAAAACGCUGUCAAGAGAAAAUACGAUAAAGGGCAACCAUGUACCACGAAUCCUCAUGUUCCAGCUGGAGGAGACCUUCCGAAGUCAAACAUUUCUGAUAUUUUACAGCGUCAUCUUUCCAAAGAGGAAUUUUUAAAAGGUGAAGGCAUUAAUUGUGAAACUCUCCCAGAGAUCUCUAAUGCGGACACUUCUGAUGAAGCUAUUAUUAAAAAUGUCAUUUUGCGUUAUGUUAAGAAUUCUUGGCCAAAAGAGCCAACCUCAGAGCUUCCUGGCCAACUCGACCCCAAAAGGGGUGGCGGGCGUGGCGCCGAGCCCGGCUGCUCUCCAUCCACCGCAGAGGAAAGCACCUCUGUGCUGGAAGAGACAGUCACCGCCGGGGACGGCAGCCAUCGCGAAAGCUCCAAUUUUCUACCUGAAACCAAGAGACCAAGCCAUAAACUAAAAGGUUGCCAACGGCAGACACCCCAGAAUCAGCAGACUGAAAAGACAAGAUCAGACCACGGGUUCAACUAUGACCAAGUCCAUUACCGGUUCUCUGAUUUCUCGAAUGUUGCUCCCGCAGGGAACAUCCAUGAAAAUAACAUAAUCGAUAAACCACUUCCAAUAGAUAAACAAGCCAGCUUUUCUCCUGAACUGAGAGACAGGUUAGCUCUUGUGCAAGGUAUUUUAGAAAGCCUGUCCAGGGCGAAUUAUGUUGAGAAAGAAGAACAGGAAAAGAAAGCUUCUGACCCUUUCCGACAGACAGAGAUGGAGCCCACAAGGCAUAUCCACCAAGAACAUCUCGCAGGAAUAGAAUCCGAGACAAGUCUCUCUAAGUUGACUUCAACCUCCCAGAAAGACCCUUCGUCAAGUUCUUCUUAUAUAUUCCAAAAGAUAUCCCAAGGGAAAAAGAUGUGUCAGCAGUUAAGAGAGCAGACCGAUCGACUAAAGAGUAAAGUGCAAGAAUUUUCCAAAAGCAUAGCACAGGACUCUCCCUGUCAUGUGCAAGACGAGAGGCAGGUCCUGGAGAAGCUGCAGGGACACCCUGGAUUGCUGGAGCAGGAGUUUGUGGCCAGCGAGGAAAAGCACCUGACUUUGAAGCAGCAAGCCCACAGGCAUGAACCCCGAGCGGGCAGGGACUUUGAUCCAGAAAGAAAAGGGGAAGGUGAAAUCUUCAGGGUGGAGGUGCUACCUGAAGAGGCCAGAGAGACGACGGACGAAAGCCGACGCACUCCCGCCGGCUCCCGGAAGCAAAGCAUGGAGAAAAAAGGCCUCAGAAGGACCAGCUGUGGGAGGUUUCCCAUUGCCCUCCAAGAGCAGACACCGCACUCGGAUUCAAUGCUCAGUUCUAAUACAGAACUGAGCUGCUGCUCAGCUUCUGGCACUGGGUUGCAGAGUAACAAAUGCGAGACCUGCGGCACUAAGAUUCCAAACUCCCCGAGAGGCUGCUGGAAAGAACCACUUAGAGAAUUUCAUUAUAGAUACAACAUGCCAGGACAGAAUUAUGGGGGAGGAAGUGCUUUUGUCCAGCUCCGCUUUUUAAAUGAAAAUAAAAAUUCUUCACCUUCCUGUUCAAAAUCAAACUGGAUCUAUUCUGAGAGAGCGAAUUCAAAAUCCUCUCAAGAUGAACCCGAGCCCAUACCAGGAAAAAACAAUCUUACGGCUCCCAUGACCUACAGUUCAGACCUGGCUUCAUCCUCAUCCCAUUUCCACUCCUGCAGGAUUUCUGGAAGAAAAUCUUCAGGCAACUUUAGCAGUAUCCAAGAAACAAAGUGUGAGGGUUUACACUCCUCUUUGGAUAAUGCCCUCAGGACAGCGAUCGUUUUGAAAGAAACUACUGACCGAAUGAUUAGAACUAUUGCAGAAGAUCUUGCCAAAGUACAGAGAUGGAGGAAUCGACUGAAAUACUAGUUUGACGCAAAGCAACCAAGGAUUUUCUUAAAAAUCCAAAGAACACCUGAUCU